AUGUAAUAGUAAUUUGAUUAAAACAUAAGGAAAUUGGGGGAUUAUCAAUUUGAUUCUAAAUAUCUUUUGGGAGAAGGUGCAUUUGGGAAAGUUUACAGGGGAAAUAAAAUAAGUACAAAUAUGGAAGUGGCAAUAAAGAAAAUAGAUAGUUAAAUGAUAAAUAAAGAUUAGUAUCUAAUUGAUGCACUUAGUAUUAAAAGUAAAUAAUAAAAUAGAUAGUGAGAUACAAAUAAUGAAGUAAUUGGAUCAUCCAAACAUUGUAAAAUUUAUAGAUAAAUUUACGACAGAUAGAUCAAUCUAUAUUGUGACAGAAUUUUGUGCUGAUGGUGAUUUAAGAAAUAUAAUGAAAGGUAGAAAGAUUCCUGAAACAGAAGUUAAUUAAAUAUUUUGUUAAUUAGCAAGUGGUUUUAAAGAAUUAGUAAAAGCAAAUAUAAUUCAUCGUGAUCUUAAACCAGCUAACAUUAUGAAUCAUAGAGGAACAGUUAAGAUAGCUGAUUUUGGAUUUUCUAAAAUAGUUGAUAAUUUUAGUGGAGAUUUACUUAGAACAUGUGUAGGAUCACCAUUGUACAUGGCACCAUAAAUAUUAAGAAAAGAAAAAUAUACUACUAAAUCAGAUAUAUGGUCAUUAGGUAUAAUAUACUAUGAAAUGAUUUAUGGUAAUUCACCAUGGACAGGUGUUGAUGAAAAGAGUUUAACAUAAAAUAUUAUGAAAUAACCACUUAAAUUUCAUAAUCAUAUUCAAUUAUCUGAUUUUGGAAGAAAUUUUAUUAUUAAAGCUUUAGAAAAAGAAGAAUCUAAAAGAAUGGAAUGGAAUGAACUAUUUCUUAUGUUCGAAUAAUAAAAGAGAUCAUUACCUUAAUCUAAUAUCAAAUUUGAUAAAAAUAAAUCUCCCAUGCUUGAUUCUCCUAUACCUCCUUAAUUUAAUGAUGCUUAAAAUUAGCAAUUUAUAACUUAAAUAAAUUAACUUAACUUAUAAAGAAUGCAUUUAAACUUUUCUCAUUUUGUCAAUGUUGAAAUUACUUAACAUAUUUCAACUAUCACUUAAUAUUAUAAAAAAGAAUUACAUUUUGAAUUAUUAUGUUUACUCUCAGCUAAAUUUACUGCUAAUUCAUUUAAACUGUUAUAUUCAAAAGUAUUUUUAUUAAUAGAAUCUAAUAAAAAAUCUAAUGAAUAUUCCAAAUACAUAAACUAACUCUAAAAUGAAUAUUAAUUAGCUACUGAGUUAUGUACUAAUACCUUGUAGUACUUCGAUAGAAUUGGUUUACUAUCUAAUAUAAAACAAUUAGCUGAUUUUUAAACAUUCAUUGAUGUUUCUGAAUUAAAUUAAAACCAACUUUUGUCUAUUGAGAAAAUCAUUAAAGAAAGAGUUCAAAGUGUAGCUAAGUAAAUGCUAUCUACAUCCAAAGAAACUGAAGUAUUAAUCCUUUUAGAUUACAUGAUGGAAAUGUGUCUUAACAGAAGUAAAAUUUUGAAUGGAAAUCCCAAUGUUGACUUUUCAUUUAUCCAAGAAAGAAAAAUACAACAAGAUUAUAAUUCAUACUUAAAUUACAAAUUAAGUGAAAUGUAAGGUUAUUGA